AUGAGGCCAUCAACCGCUCUUCUUGUAGCCACGGCGGUCCUGGCGUUGUCCGUCGCCGACGCGACCGUGGAAACAACCUGCAAGGAGGCGGCCGCCAAGGAGAAACAAGUCAACUACAAGUUCUGCGUGUCUGAGUUGGGCAAGCACCACUUGAGCCCUGGCGCGGAUACAUGGGGCCUGGCCAAGAUCGCGGCCAACAUGGGCGUCAACAACGCCUAUGGCGCCAUCAAAGACAUUGAGGGCCUAGAGGCGAAGCCGGGCACGGACGCCAGGACGAAGGUGGCCCUCGGGCAAUGUCACGAUCUGUACGACGGCAUGAAGUUCGCGUUCGCCGGAGCCUACGACGAGAUCAAUGCCCGUAAUUACACCGCGGGGAAGGAGGAGGCGGCGAAGGCAGUUUCUCAGGCGCAUCAAUGUGACGACGACUUCAUGAAGGCCGGCAUCAUGUCGCCUAUCUCGCAGCGUAGCUCCUACUCCGUGCAGAUAGCCAUAGUCUGCACGGCCAUCACCAACCUUAUCAACUGA